GCAAAGAGUAAAAAUCUUGAGAGAGAGAGAGAGAGAGAGAGAGAGAGAGAAUAUGGAGAGAAGGCUUUAUGAAGCAGCAAUGGAGGGAAAUGCAAUUUCCUUGCUGGAAUUGCUUCAAGAAGAUCCACUUAUGCUUGACAGAAGUGUUGCUACGGUGGAGACUCCAUUACACAUUGCAGCGAUUCUUGGGCAUCUUACUUUUGCUAAAGAAAUUCUGAGUCGUAAAUCCGAAUUGGCUGGUGAAUUCGACUCUCAAAGACGGUCUCCUCUUCAUUUGGCAUCAGCAAAAGGUGAUGUAGAAAUUGUUAAACUUCUGUUAUCGAUCAACCCUAAUGUUUGCCUUACUCGUGAUCGAGAUGGUAGAACUCCUCUCCAUCUAGCAGCUAUGAAAGACCGAAUCCAAGUCUUAAAUGAGUUAAUUAGUGCUAAACCAGAAGCUUGUUGGGUUCGGGAUGAUAGAGGAGAAACCAUCUUACAUCUUUGCAUCAAACACAACAGUUUUGAAGCUCUCAAGUUGUUGGUGAAUUCAGUGAAUGAUGAUGAGUUUGUGAACUUGAAGGAUGAUGAUGGCAACACACUUCUGCAUCUUGCAGUCCUCAACAAACAAUUAGAGAUCUUGAAGUUUUUGCUCAAUAGUACCCAAUUGAAGGUGAAUGCAUUGAACGCGUAUGGAUUCACAGCUUUGGAUAUUUUAUCACAAAGUCCAAGAGAUCUGAAAGAUAUGGACAUUUUAGAGUCUCUUCAACAAGCUGGAGCGAUGAGAGAAAAAGAUGGUAGAGGCUUAAGGAAGAACACAACAAACGAUCAAAGUUCAAAUUUAGUUGAACCUUUGAAUAACUCAGAAGUGAACAGUACUGCUGAGAAGUAUUCCAAGAAAAAGGAAGAUUGGGUGAGGAAGAAACGUAACUCCUUAAUGGUGGUGGCAUCUUUAAUUGCAACAAUGGCUUUCCAAUCUGGUAUUAACCCUCCAGGUGGGUUAUGGCAAGACACCACUCAAGAACACACUGCAGGGACUUCUAUAAUGGCUACCAACAACUCUGGUGAUUACAACAUCUUAUUGGUUUCAAACACAAUGGGUUUCAUUGCUUCUUUGAGUGUAGUCUUUUUGCUCAUUAGUGGAUUGCCUUUGAAACGUAAAUUUUUUGUGUGGGUAUUGAUGGUGAUUAUGUGGAUAGCAAUUACAUCAAUGGCAAUUAGUUACCUAGUUUCCAUAAAUACCUUGAAAUCAAAACCCCAAGAUAAGAGUGUUGCCCCAGGGCCCCCAACACCCUCUAGAGCACCCUCUGAUUCUUCCCCUGGCAAUGGUGUAUCCUUUAACCUUUUUACACUUUUAAUUGUGUUAUGGAUUGGGUUAAUGAGCUUUCUUCUGUUGGGGGGCACAAUCCGCUUGGUUGUGAGGUUUACAAUCCGCUUGGGAGUGAAGUUGUUUGGCAGAUUCAGUAGGAGAGUGAUACAACCUUCCAAUUCAUGGAUGAAGAGAAAUUGCACCAAUGUUUGAAGCUUGAAAUGAAGAUAGAUUGGUGUUGCAUGUAUCUAUAUAUAUAUAUAUAUAUAUAUAUAUGCUCUAUGCUAUGCCACAUGGGUUAUUAUUGAAAAUGCUUCUUCUUCUUCUUUUUUCUUUUUCUUAGAAAUUGUUUAUGUUAGGAUAUGAUGUCUUGUAUUUCAUCGUAAUUUUAUCCAAAGUGCAGUUUCUUUCUUAGGGCAAUUUUGUACCUUUUGGUAUUAAGGUUUCGCUAUAUAUUUGAGAGAGGUGCAUGGACAAAUCUAGUCGAACCAUGUAAAUCUUAAUUUAUUGUGUGAUUGUUUGUUAUUGUUUUUCCCAUUAUUUUCUA